AUGCUAAAUGUGCUCACUUUAAACGUGUUCACUUUCAGCGUUGGCAACAAAGCCCCGACUGUUUUGGUUCCUCCUUUGACGGAGGAACGCUCUGAGCUGAUCUGCAGCGUCCCAAAGCCGUGCUCUCAAGCACUCAGAGUUUCCUGGAAAUGGACGAAGGCCGACGGACAAGCUAGGGUACUCGGAGACAAUCGCUACGGGACAUUUGAUCAGCUGAUUUUUGUAUACAGAUACACGUUGCGCAUUAAUCCCACAGCACAUCAUCACAACACCAACAUCACGUGUGCGGCCGAAUACGACAACGACCGCACGGAAACAACGGUCACUUUGCACGUGCAAUUCAAACCUAAGAUCUCGAAUGACUCCCACUGCCUGGUUAAAAGCGAGCUGCUGGUCUGCGUGUGCCUCAGUCGGGGGAAUCCUCUGCCACCGAUCUCCUGGCCUUCGGAAAACCUCACGGCUUUCUCAGUGACUAGCGUGAGGACUGCCCAGACAGUACGAAGCACUUUCACAAUGCCUGCGUCCGAAUACCAUAACGCCACUGUAAAAUGCACCAGCAGCAAUGAACGCGGUCUGGCUGAAACCUCAAUUAUGAUCCAUAACUCUGGAGAGAGCGCGGAGCCAAACAGCAGAAGGAAGGGGAUGGAUUCAGCUCUUCCCUGGAUAGCUGGGCUGUGUUUCUCUUUCAACCUGGUCUUCAUUACCGCCCUGAUUAUCCACAUUCGUCAAAGAAGGAACAAUAAGCAGAAGCAACAGAGCGAAGAGAUUAACACUUACAUGUCUCUGAAAAAGGCAGACGUGGAGGAAGAAUACAGCGUUAUCUCCGCAAAACCCAAAUGAAGCCUGCAAGUGUGAACCAAUGUCCGUUUUUUUUUGCUACCGAGAUGCUUCAAGGCACUUGAGCAAAGAAAAUGCAAAACAAAAAUGUACAGCAGAUAAAUAUUCUAUCAAUAGCUUUUCAGUAAUAUUCACAUUUAUGCAAUUUACGUUACAACGAGGCUUCUAUAUGUUCCACAAGGACAUGGACCAAGAAAAAUAAAAUAAAAAGGAAAUGAUACAUGUUCAACAAAUUCAUAUCUACAAAGUGUGAUGUGAAUUUUUAUUCAGUUCCUUUUACUCUGAUGCUCCUAAAUGAAAUCCUGUCAAACAAACAGCCUUCAAAAUGUUUCAAGAGAUGUUUAAGUCAGCCUGUUUGUAAUUUCUGUGGAGCACCAGGCCUGACUUCAUCGGAGGUUUGUUUUGAAAAAACAGUAUGAUGGCUACUUUACGUGUUUUACACAAAAGUGAAUAAAUAUUGAAACUUUAAUCA